AGAGAGUUUCCAAAGUGGAGCAAGCAGCAGCAAACAUACGAUAUCAGGUGCCAAUCCCCGCCGAUACCCAUUACCUUUCGAUAGUGAAGUGGGGGAGGGGGCCGAGCAUAGGCAUUCUCCGCGACGACGGCAUUCGAGGAAUUCGAUGGGAGGUGAAAGGUCCACAAACGACGACAAUAAAUCCCGCGGCGUUUCGGCAUCCGUCCAUGAUAUCAUCAUCAUCAGACAGCAACAGCGUAAAGAAUUAGGAAGAGCCGAAUCCCGGUGCAUCCUCGGCGAGAAGAAAAGCAUCACGGUGAAGACGAAGAAUGAUCGACAAACUACCCUAAGCCCCAGGGUUUCUGCAUUCCGGCGCCAGCGUGCCAAUCAUGCCCGAAGAAAAGGUAAGGUAAAUGACCACCGCCGAACGGAUCGACAGAGGCAUACAGUACUGUACAUGUCAUCCAUAGUGUACAUGACAUCCACACGCACGCACGCACGCGAAAAACCAAUUGUUGGACAUUUUUUAAAUGUGACUGCGGUGAUUGUCCUGAAUUUCCCUCUCCCGGGACGAACGGACGGAUGUGGAUGCCGAUUUCGUGCAGCAAAACCCGAAGGAUGCGACUGGCAGCGGAUGAUGAAAGAGAAAGGUAGAGGGAGAUGGGAAAAGGUGCCCCACCCGGACGAUCAUGCUGGGGAAUUUCUGUCCCGCCGCCAAGGUCCCCGAAUGAAAAAUGAUCCCCGCGAGGUCUUGGGGAGGCAAAAUUGGUGGAGAUUUGUGAGGGAGAUGGGGAUACGGUUUACAUAUGGUGAUGACGAUGAUGGGAUUUUUAGGGUCGUCGUGUAUGCGCUUGGCAGGAGAGGAGAGGAGAGCGAGAUGAACGAGAGGCAGCAAUCGCAUCGUAGAGAGAGAGAGAGAGAGAGAGAGAGAUAAAGGAGAUUAUUGAACAACUGGCGCUUGUCGCCGGCCGGCGCAGGAAUUGGGGUUUUAAUUGGUAUUGGCAUUGGCGCUGGCAUUGGCAUUCAUUCGUCCUCCCCCGAUAGCAAU